GAGUAAAAUAGCUCCCAUUCACCUCCUGUUGAAGAAGAAGAAGAAACAAACUGAAGAGCGCCAGUGAACUGGGGCUCAGGAUUGCUGUUUAAGUACGCAAUACUGAAAAGGGUGGCUUAUGAUAUAAUGCUGAAGCAAGUGUGUCAUAGACUGAGUAUACAUGGGGCUGACAAAAUCAGGCCUUUAUUAUGUUUACAAAGAGCUCAUUUCCACAGUGGGCAGAUAUCUUUUGCACCGCGAAGCUUUUUUGGAGUAGAAGAUUUUCUCGAUGAUGACAAUAGCCGGCCCUACACAUAUCAAAAGGAGAAGAAGACUAAAAAUCCGAAUAAGCACAUUUCAUUCAAGCAACGAACUAUUGCAUACUUGGAACCAUUUACACUCGAUGUUCUCAUCUCAAAACGCUUUGUUUCAGCUUCAAUUACACAUAGAGUAACAAGCAAGCAGGUUGCUGUUGCUGGUACAAAUUCGAAAGACAUCAAAGCUGUCCUCAAAUCAAGAUCUGAUAUACCCGCAUGUUUAGCCAUAGGCCGCAUCUUGGCUGAGAGGGCGAGAGAAGCUGAUGUCUAUACAGCCUCUUACACUCCCAGAGACAGGGACAAGUUUGAAGGCAAAAUUAGAGCAGUAGUUCAGUCACUCAUAGAUAAUGGUAUUGAUGUUAAAGUAUAUCUGGAUUAAUAUUGGACUUUUCUCUGUACUUUGUCGCAUUCUCUCGAAAAAUUUUCCUAGAUUCUCUUGUCCGAUAGCAACUAAACUCAUUGUAGUUCAGAUAGCAACUAAACUCAUUGUAGUUCAGAUAGCAAAGUGGUUUGCUCCUGUGGUGCUGCCUCUUCAUCUGUAAAUUUGUUAUGUAGAUCAAUGGGAACAGAACUCAAGAGUCUUGAAAUUC